AUGGCUCCGAAGGAACAUCCCCUAGAACGGGGGCUGAACUCGCCCGUACGAAGUUCGCAGAAGAGUACGGUGCUAGCCGUGCCCGCAUAUGCGAAUCCGAAUGAGUCCCCAGGAGUGGACGACGAUGACGAUGAACAAUACGAAUACACCCCUUCUGGGUUCGAGAAAGCUAUCAAUUAUUUGUUAUGCAGAGGAGAUCUUGCUGAUCAGAAAUUGUCUUGUAAACCUGUUUCAUUAGCCGGACUUUUCCGUUACGGUACUCAAUAUGAUUACUGGUUACUAUUCAUUGGUGUCAUUUGUGCCAUAAUUAGUGGUGUCUCUCAGCCAGUAUUAGCUCUUGUCAGUGGACGUAUCACAAACGCUCUCCUUGUGUAUGAACCCACGUCCAGAGAGUUCCGCAAGAAAGCUUACGAGAGUGUUUAUAUAUUCUUAGGAAUUGGAAUCUUCGUGCUCUUCACUAACUUUAUACAGUAUUUAUGCUUUCAUCGGGUUUGUAUUCGGGUUAUCUCGAAAAUUCGUCAUGAGUAUGUUAGAGCAGUCCUUAGGCAGAAUGCUGGAUGGUUUGAUAAAAACCAUUCAGGUACUUUAACAACCAGGCUGAACGACAACAUGGAUCGCAUCCGCGAGGGUAUCGGUGACAAGUUGGGUCUUCUCAUCAGAGGAGGUGCUAUGUUCAUAGCUUCUGUUGUAGUUUCUUUCAUCUAUGAAUGGAGGUUAGCCUUCUUCAUGUUGGGUGUUGCUCCUACAACAUGUAUUUGUAUGUCUAUUAUGGCCAGAAAAAUGACUUCAACGACCAUAGCUGAACUAACUGGUGUUGGUAAAGCUGGUUCAAUCGCUGAAGAAUCAUUGAUGGGUGUUCGUACCGUCCAAGCUUUUAAUGGUCAACAGGAAAUGGUUGGAAGAUAUCGAGAACAAUUAGCGAACGGAAAAGCCUUUGCUAUUUGGAAAGGUUUCUGGAGUGGAUUACUAGGAGGCCUGUUCUUCUUUUUCCUCUUCUCUUUCUUGGGAGCUGGAAUGCUUUUGGGUGGUCAUUUGCUACGCGAAGGUUAUGUAGAGAACCCAGGAGACAUCUUCACUGUUGUUAUGUCUAUGCUUCUCGGAGCUUACUUUUUGGGACUUAUUUCACCGCAUUUGAUGGUUCUCCUCAAUGCUCGUGUAUCAGCUGCAACUAUCUACCAGAUCAUUGAUCGAGUACCCAAGAUUGAUGCGUAUGCCGAUCGUGGACGUCAGCCUGAUCGUGUCACUGGCCGUGUUGUUUUUGAAAACGUACAUUUCCGUUACCCCACACGUAAAGAAGCAAAGGUGUUAAACGGAUUUUCUCUGACCAUCGAACCAGGAGAGACUGUCGCUUUCGUAGGACACUCUGGUUGUGGUAAAUCAACAUCUGUUGGUUUAUUGACACGUCUCUAUGAAGCUGAAGCUGGUACAGUAACGUUAGAUGGCGUGAAUGUGCGUGAUUUCAACAUCAAUUGGCUUCGAAACCAUAUUGGAAUCGUACAACAAGAACCAAUCUUGUUCAACGAUACAUUAGCCAAUAACCUGAAAAUGGGUAUGCCUGAAAUCUCACGUGACCAAAUGGUCCAUGUCUGUAAGAUGGCUAAUGCUCACGAUUUCAUUACUAAACUACCAAAUGGUUAUGAUACUUUAAUCGGUGACGGAGGUGUUCAACUCUCUGGAGGUCAGAAACAGCGUGUUGCUAUUGCCAGAACCUUAGCUCGUGAUCCUAAAGUAUUACUUCUUGAUGAAGCCACAUCAGCCUUGGACGCACAAAGUGAAUCAAUUGUACAAUCUGCUUUGAACAAUGCUGCCAAAGGACGAACCACCAUUGUUAUUGCUCAUCGUUUGUCUACUAUCCGCGAUGCCGACAAGAUUGUUGUAUUUGAAAAGGGAAACAUCGCUGAAAUGGGAAACCACGAGCAACUUGUUGCUCUUGGUGGAAGAUAUUACGAACUGGUCAAGGCUCAGCAAUUCAUUCCAGAACACGAUGAUACGGAGGCCGAUCAGUUCGAUGACAGUAAAUACGAUGAAGUUCCAGUCGAUGAGCCGGAUAAUGUUUCGCAAUUUUCUCGAAGAUCAUCAACAAUACGUGAAUCCAAAAGAUCUGGAGCAGAGGCUUUCAUGCGUGGUUCAUCUUACAAUGACUCAUUCAGCAGAGUCUCCACUGGAGGUCCUACUGAUACUCAGAACGAGGCUUUCGCUGCCGAAGUUGCAAGAGUUAUGGAAGAGGACACCAAAGUAACUGCUGGAUUCCUAGAUAUCUACAGCAACGCCCAAGGAAACUAUCUGUACAUGUUCUUGGGAUUCGUUUGUGCAGUUAUCCGUGGCUUAGAACUCCCAGCUUUGGCUAUGACAUUCGGAUAUGUAUUUGAAGCUUUCACUUACUUACCCGACACAGGGAAAAUGAUGCAUAGAUUAGCUAUGGCUAUCAUCAUAUUCGCUUCCAUUGGUUUUGGAGUUUUCAUUUUCCAACUCUUGAGUUCGAUUUUCUUCAGUAUUGUCUCAGAAGAAUUGGUCAUGAAAUUCCGUAUCCGCGCUUUCCAAAACCUUCUAUACCAAGAUGCGUCGUUCUAUGAUAAUCCUCAACAUUCGCCUGGAAAGCUCAUCACACGUCUCGCCUCUGAUGCUCCCAACACCAAAGCUGUCAUCGAUGCUCGUGCCUUACAAGUUAUCUAUGCUCUCACAGCCGUUGCUUGUUGUAUUGGCAUCGGUUUUGGAUAUUGUUGGCAGGUAGCAAUUGUGGGAACAGGAAUGGACGCUCUACUGGCAAUUACUAUGAUCACAUUAGCAAAAAUCAUUAUGGACACUAAUAUGGAGCUCAUUCGGAACGAUGAAGCUGGACGUAUAGCUAUCGAAACGAUUGAGAACGUUAAAACAAUUCAAUUGUUGACUCGUAUGAAGCAUUUCUACACGAAAUACGAGGAAGCCAGCAAAUACCAAAAAUCAAAAGAAGCUCGUUCAGGAUAUUAUGAAGCUAUAAACUAUACAGUUUCUCAAACGUUUACAUAUCUGAUUGUAACUGCAUGUUAUGCUCUCGGUACUCAUAUCAUCUACAAAGGAGACAAAUCACCGGAUGCAGUCUUCAGAUGUAUUAUCGCUAUGCUUCUUGGAGGAGUAGCCAUCAUGAAUUCAGCGCCAUACUUCCCUGAGUUCGUAAAGGCUAAGACAGCCGCCGGAUUACUUUUCAGUAUGAUUGAACGAAAACCAAAGACUGGAGACUCUUCAGCUGGAGAGAAGAUGACUAUUCGUGGAAACAUUCUAUUCGACAAUGUCAAUUUCUCAUACCCACAACGUCCUCACCAGCCAAUCAUGAGAGGACUACAUUUCUCAGCCAAUCGUGGUCAAACAGUUGCCUUGGUUGGUCCUAGUGGAAGUGGUAAAUCAACAUGUAUUUCAAUGCUGGAGCGUUUCUAUGAUACAACAGGAGGAAGCUUGCGAUUUGAUGGAAAAGACAUUAAAACCUUAUGCCUUGACCAUUUACGUACUCAAGUAGCAUUGGUCGGACAAGAGCCUCGAUUGUUCGCUGGAACGAUCAAAGAGAACAUUUGCUUCGGUUUAGGCGAAGUUCCAAUGGAAAAAAUCGAUCAAGCUUUGGAGUUAUCAAAUUGUAAGAGUUUCCUUGGAAACUUGCCUCAGGGUAUCGAGACAGAGGUUGGAGAGAAAGGAUCUCAACUGUCUGGAGGUCAGAAGCAACGCGUUGCUAUUGCUAGAGCUUUAGUUCGAGACCCUAAGGUGUUGCUUCUUGAUGAAGCUACAUCAGCUUUAGAUUCCAAAUCAGAGAGAGCUGUACAAGAAGCCUUAGAUCGUGCAAGAGAAGGAAGAACUUGUGUGACAAUUGCUCACAGAUUGUCAUCCAUUCAAAAUGCCGAUCUCAUCGUAUACAUCGAUCGAGGAAAAGUACGAGAAGCUGGAACCCAUCAACAGUUAAUUGCUAAGAAGGGUAAAUACUACGAGUUGAUAAAGAAACAAGAUCUCUCAACUUGA